UCUGUCUCUGUCUCUGUCUCUCUCCUCUCUCUCUCUCUGGCUCUGUCGUGUUCUCGAGAGAAAAAUUUUCUCGUAAGUAUACUCCUUCCUUAGGCACGAGAGCGAAGAGGGUAGCACAUAAAUGUUGUGCUAUGGUCUCUUCUCGAUCAAAAGCUUCAAACUUUUGUGUGCCCUUCUUCUCGCUCUCCCUGUUCGAGAUCUGCUCGUUCUCUCACUUAGCCUGAUAUAAAGAUUCGAGAGACCUACCAGGGAUGAAGAGAACGAGAGAUGACGUGUACCCGGGUUCGCAAUUCAAACGGCCUUUCGGUUCCUCACGUGGAGAGUACUAUGGGCAGUCCCAAGUAACAGGAACAGGAGCUAUGGAUGGUGGAGGCGGGGCUGUAGGUGGAGGUAGCGCAUCACAGAAACUAACGACAAAUGAUGCAUUGACAUACCUUAAGGAAGUGAAGGACAUGUUUCAAGAUCAAAGGGAAAAGUACGACAUGUUCCUCGAGGUUAUGAAAGAUUUCAAGGCUCAAAGGACUGACACUACGGGAGUCAUAGCAAGAGUAAAGGAAUUAUUUAAAGGGCAUAACAAAUUAAUUCUGGGAUUUAAUACUUUCUUGCCAAAGGGAUUUGAAAUAUCCCCCGAUGAGGAUGAAACACCAACGAAAAAGAAUGUGGAAUUUGAAGAAGCCAUCUCAUUUGUUAAUAAGAUCAAGAAACGGUUCCAAAAUGAUGAGCAUGUCUAUAAAUCAUUUUUGGACAUACUCAAUAAGUACCGGAAGGAGCACAAGGACAUUAAUGAGGUCUACAGUGAGGUUGCUAACCUUUUUGGCGACCAUCCAGACUUACUUGAGGAAUUCACCAAAUUCUUGCCUGAUAAUUCAGCAACAGCCUCCACACACAACUUUCCUUAUGCCAGGAAUUCAUUUCAGCGUCAACACGAACGUAGCUCUACUACACCGACCUUGCGGCAAAUGCAAAUGGAUAAGCAACGAGUGCGGCGAGAUAGGAUUAUCAAUGCUCAUGCUGAGCAUGAUAUAAAUGUUGAUCAUCCUGAUUUGGACGAUGAUAAAGCAACGAUGAAGGUACAGAAGGAUCAAAGAAAGCGAUUUGAGAAGGAUAACAGGGACAGGAGAAACCGUGAAGUGGAUGAUAGAGAGUCUGAGCAUGACACUAGUAGGGAUUUCAACUCGCAGCGCUUUCCCGACAAAAGAAAAUCUGCAAGGAAGGUUGAAAACUAUGGAAUGACUUCUUUAAGUGAAGACAGGGAUGCUCUAAAGAGCAUGUAUAACCAAGGAUUCAUUUUCUGUGAAAAAGUCAAGGAGAGAUUGUGCAGCUCAGAAGAUUAUCAGGCCUUUUUGAAGUGCCUUCAUAUGUACAGCAGUGGAAUUAUAAGGAAAAACGACUUACAAAGUUUGGUGACAGAUCUGCUUGGAAAGUAUCCUGAUCUCAUGGAAGAAUUCAAUGGCUUUUUGGAGCGCUGUGAGAAUAUCGAUGGCUUUCUUGCUGGUAUUGUGAGUAAAAGGUCGCUCUCUACUGAUGGGCACAUGUCCUGGACAGCAAAGGCAGAGGAUAAAGAUAAAGAACAUAAGCGCGAGAAUGACGGAGCCAAAGAUAAGGAAAGAUGCAAAGACAAGUAUAUGUUCAAAUCCAUUCAAGAGCUGGACUUGUCUAACUGUCAACGCUGUACCCCAAGUUACCGGCUUCUACCAGAUGAUUAUCCAAUUCCUUCAGUCAGCCAGAGAUCAGAGCUUGGUGCUCAAGUACUCAAUGACCAUUGGGUAUCUGUGACGUCAGGUAGUGAGGAUUACUCGUUCAAACAUAUGCGCAGGAAUCAGUAUGAAGAAAGUUUAUUCAGAUGUGAAGAUGACAGAUUUGAGCUGGACAUGCUGUUAGAAUCUGUGAGCUCCACCGCGAAAAGGGCAGAGGAAGUCUUGAACAACAUCAACGAGAAUAUUAACAACUUGGAGACUCCUAUUCAAAUUGAAAAUUACUUCACCGCUCUCAAUCUACGAUGCAUCGAGCGUCUAUAUGGUGACCAUGGUCUGGAUGUAAUGGACAUCCUCCGCAAAAAUCCUGCUGUUUCGUUGCCUGUCAUGUUGGCUCGCCUUAAGCAGAAACAGGACGAAUGGACAAGGUGUCGUUCAGAUUUUAACAAGAUUUGGGCUGAAAUAUAUGCUAAAAACCACUACAAAUCGCUUGAUCAUCGCAGCUUCUAUUUCAAGCAGCAGGAUUCAAAGAACCUAAGUACAAAAUCUUUGGUGGCUGAGAUCAAGGAAUUGAAAGAAAAGAAGCAAAAAGAGGACGAUGUUCUCCUUGCCAUUGCUGCUGGAAGUAGACAACCUAUUGUCCCACAUUUGGAGUUUGAAUACUCUGACGUAAAAGUUCUUGAAGAUUUGUAUAAACUUGUCCUAUAUUCAUGCGAAGAGGUUUGCUCCUCCAAAGAGCAGCUUAAUAAAGUAAUGCGACUUUGGGCUACCUUUGUGGAGCCAAUGCUGGGAUUUUCUUCUAGACCUCCUACCUCUGAUGGUGCUGAAAUUCUUGGAAAUGCAAUGCGCAAUAUUACCAAAUGUACUGCAUCAAGCAGAAGAGGAAGUGACGAAACCUCUGAUGCCGAUGCUGCCAAAGCUAAUUUGCUGCAGUUAAAAUUGAGGAACAACACAGACGAGAAUGUCUCAUCAGAACUGCCAGGUGUCAGCAAGGCCGCUUUGCUUGACGGAGAUGCUUCUGCUAAAGAAAACAAUUGUCUAGUUUCAGAACGUGCAGAUAGAGAUUCAGUGCGUGAUACUCAUCUUUCUGAGAAGGAACCAAAGGAUGUGGAUCUGUCUGAGAAAGUUGCUGUUUCCAAUGUUCAAGUUACCUCUAGUGCACAAACAUGUGGAUUCACCCCGCCGCUUGUUUCAGAGAACAGUCAUGAGAGAAUCAGUGUAGAGGCAAUACCAGGUUCGUGUUCCAGUGCUCUUCCUUCCCAUCCUAAGGAUACUGCCAGCAAAGACCAUGAAUCCAAAGGUAUUCAGGACUCUGUACCAUUAUCGGAGGGCAAUGCUGUUGCAAAGACGAGUGUUCAUGGAAUACUUCAAGAUAGUGUGAACAUCAGCUGGAAUCAAGUAGGUACUGUUGGACCAUCCAAAUUUGAAAAAGAAGAGGGUGAGUUAUCACCAAAUGAGGAAUUUGAGGAGGAGAACCUUGAGUUGUAUGCGGUGAACUCUCUAACCGAGACAAGGCGCCAUAUUGACAGACAAGAGGGUCGAUCUGGUAACCUCAACCACGUUGCUGGCCAGGAUGGUGGAGACAAUGAUGCAGAUGCUGAUGAUGAAGACAGCGAAAAUGUUUCUGAAACUGGUGGAGAUGUCUCAGGCAGUGAUUCUGCCGGAGAUGCAUGCUCCCAUGAAGAGCCUGAAGAGGAGGAUGAUUUAGAGCGUGAUGAAGCUGAUGGUAAGUCCGAGAGCGAAGGUGAGGCUGAGGGGGCUGCUGAUGCACACUCUGUUGGAGGAGAUAGCAACCCAUUGCCCCUCUCAGAACGCUUCCUUUCCUCAGUGAAGCCCCUUUCAAAGCAUGUAACAACUCCUCUGCUUAAGGGAGGGGGGAAAGAUUCCCGGCUAUUCUAUGGAAAUGACAAUUUCUACGUGCUUUUUAGACUUCAUCAAAUUCUCUAUGAAAGGAUUUUAUCAGCAAAAACAAGCUCACUAGGUGCUGAAAUGAAGCGAAGAACUUUGAAGGAUUCAUGUUCUUCAGAUCCCUAUGCCAGAUUCAUGUCUGUCCUCUACAAGUUGCUUGAUGGAAAUCUUGAAAAUGCAAAAUUUGAAGAUGCAUGCAGAGAUAUCAUUGGAAAUCACUCAUACAUUCUAUUUACGUUGGACAAAUUAAUAUACAAGUUGGUCAAGCAGCUUCAAACUGUAGCUAGUGAGGACAUGGACAACAAGCUCCUUCAAUUGUAUGAAUAUGAAAAAUCUCGGAAACAGCUAAUUGAUCCCGUGUAUUAUGAAAACACUCGUAUCUUUCUACACGAGGAAAACAUAUAUCGGUUGGAAUUUUCAUCCUCUCCAUCUCGUAUGUCCAUCCAGCUGAUGGACAGUAUAAGCGAAAAGCCUGAGGUUUUUGCAAUUUCAAUAGACCCUAACUUUGCUGAUUAUCUGUACAAUGACUUCCUUUCAGUUUUUCCUGGCAAAAAGAAGCUGCAUGACACAUUUUUGCUAAGAAACAAACGGAAAUAUGCGAGUCUGGAUGAGUGUUCUGCUUCGUGUAUGGUCAUGGAAGGUGCUAGAAUCAUCAAUGGUUUGGAAUGCAAGAUAACUUGCAACUCAUCAAAGAUCUCAUACGUUCUGGAUACAGAGGAUCUCUUCUUUCGUCCAAGACAGAAAAGAAAAGGUUCAUCAAAUACAGGAUUCGCAUCUUCAUCUUACAAUCUGGCAAAAUUACAAAAGUUCCAUAGAUUCUUAUCAUCGUCAUAGCAAUGGGGCUUAUUCGCAAUCCGCUCGAGGUUGGCACAAUGCCGAAAAACUCAGAAAAACUCCAAUUGCUGUUCUCUGUUUUUGCUGUUCACACAAAAAGCACCACCGUGCUGUUUCAGAUUAGCAUAAAUUAUCAUUGGCAAUCUAAACCCGGAGAGCUCUGGCUUUUCCUGAGUCGGAAAAGGCGUGCUGACGUUAACUAGAGAAGACCAAAGGGGCCGAUGGGAUGGGGUUGCAACAUCUUGUGGGUUUGUGUAUAUAUAGUUUCUUUCAUGAUGUCCUGUAGAAAUGGUUAGUUAUGAGAUUUUGCAUUCAUGGAAUUUUCCAAUAUUCAUCGAAUUUCUUGUGAUAAUAUACUAUUGCCUCCUGUUACAUGAGAUUGAGGAAAUGAUUUGAGAACCAGAA